UGGGGCGCUGGGCGGAUUUAUAAUCUAGCCGCAUGUGAUUGGCUCAGGUUCCAGCCGUUAUUCUUCGAGUUGUCCAAUUAAACACGAGUUUUUGGGAUUUGACCAAUGAAAAUACGCCCUCAGAAACGUCCCCGUCUCUCUAGUAUUUAGCAUAGACCAUUCAAUAAAUGCCUCAGUCCCGCUCUCUCUCAUCAUUGUCUCGUGAGGUUUUGAUCUCCAGCAGCAUCAUGCCUGAACCAGCGAAGUCCGCGCCGAAGAAAGGCUCCAAGAAGGCCGUCACUAAGAGCGCCGCGAAAGGAGGAAAGAAGCGCAGAAAGUCCAGGAAGGAGAGCUACGCCAUCUACGUGUACAAAGUGCUGAAGCAGGUUCAUCCCGACACCGGGAUCUCUUCGAAGGCGAUGGGCAUCAUGAACUCUUUCGUCAACGACAUCUUCGAGCGCAUCGCCGGUGAGUCGUCUCGUCUCGCUCACUACAACAAGCGCUCUACCAUCACUUCCCGAGAGAUCCAGACCGCCGUGCGUCUGCUGCUGCCCGGGGAGCUGGCCAAACACGCCGUGUCCGAGGGCACCAAGGCCGUCACCAAGUACACCAGCUCCAAGUAGAGCUCCGCUGCAGCUCCACACACAAAGGCUCUUUUAAGAGCCACACAACUUUUCGGUCUAAGAGCUUUUGGGAGUUGUGUGGAAAACUCACGGUGUGAAUGGUUUAAUAAGGUCCCUGGAUCUUUGUGUUUUCAAUCUGCAAGUAUAGUGCGAUAACACACAGCUCGAAUAUAAUUGUUUUCUUACUCAAAGCGACAUUAGGGUAAAAUGUUUACGUAUAUUUUUAAGUUAACACAAACAAAACAAUAAACUUUUACAUCAAAUACAGUUCAAUCAGUUUACACCUCAAACUUCUCAUUCAUUGAAUGCACUGUAUGUGUUUUAGGCACAUAACUAAUGUUUUAUUAUUAUUAUUAUUAUUGUUGGCUAACAUAACCUAUGCUUCAGGGACCUUAUUCAUAUAACAUCUAAGUCAAAUGUAGCUCUUGACUGGUUGAGUUAGAAGGUGAGUAACACUAAACAACAGAAAAUCAGUAUUUCUCCCCAGCUGGAAAUGUCAUUGGCUGU